AAAGCUCCCGCCCAUCUAUUUAUUCAUCCUUUGACGCCAUUAAACAAAACAAAUGACCAGCAAUUUACAAAGCUUUGGUUUCAGGCUUUCGAUAUUCUGGGAGAACUGCUUCUGCUACACUACAAAACAUCAUAAUGGAAUCUCCAAUGGUGAUAGGGGCAGCUGUGGCAGCUGCUGCUAUGGGUGGAAGAUACUUUCUUACUGCAUGGCAAGCAUUCAGAACUCGCCCUGCAGUUCCUCAUCUUAGAAGAUUUUACCAUGGUGGCUUUGAAAUGGUCAUGUCCAGGAGGGAGGCUGCUUUAAUUCUUGGAGUCAGGGAGAGAGCUGUCAUGGACAAGAUAAAGGAAGCUCAUAGGAGAGUAAUGAUGGCAAAUCACCCGGACGCCGGGGGCAGCCACUAUCUUGCAUCCAAGAUCAAUGAAGCCAAGGAUGUAUUAACAGGGAGAACAAAGGGGAGUAACUCAGCCUUUUAGAUGACAUAAUUGAGGAACCAAUUGAUAAAAAUGUGGAUUGAGAUUUAGAUGUCUUAUGCCACAAUUGAGAACAUUCAUUAUGAAUUAAUGUAGGGGGGUUUUAGAGUACGAGUAAUGCUACAGCCACCGACGAUAGUGCAUCGAAUUUGUACACCGAAUAACGUGGCAAAAUCUUGACCGUUGAUUAAUAUUAAGUUAAAAUUAAUCAAUGAUCAGGAUUUUGUCAUAUCAUUCGGUGUACUACCAUCGGUAGGUGUGCAUACGAGCCGAGCCGAGUAGUGGUCGGCUCGAGCUUGGCUCGAUGAGAUAAGGCGGGAGCUUGAGCUCGAGCACGGCUCGGCAAAUUAAUUACAGGACUUGAGCUCGACUCGGCUUGACUCGUUAAGUUUCGAGCCUAGUCGAGCCCAGCCAAGCUUGAGCUCGAGCCAAGUUCGUUUGAAGCUUUUUCCCAGCAAAACAAAGCACAGCUUCUUCUUCUUCUCCUUAUUCUUUCAUUUUCCCAAAACUACCGCUCAUCAACGUCAAUUACCUUUACGACUUCUCAUCCUGGAGCCAUUUUCCCAAGAUUUACUUUGUUUUGAAAAGUUGAAUAUAGCUUUACUAAGAGUCAUUCUACCAUAAUGGCUCUGUUUUGAAAUAUUAAUAGGAUUAACUUUACCCUUACUCCAGGAUCCGUCAGAAUUCAAUAUAAAUGCAUGCAAAUAUCUUAGAAAUUUUCUUGUAACUCCGCAAAAAUUCUUGUAACUCUUGGUGUUGCGGGUGCUGGGGCAGCCAUCAUCUCGGGCAUAGAUCUUAAAUUCAAAAAAUAAAUUGCCAGAUUUUGUCUGUGAUUAUAUGUUGGGGUUCAGGCAACAGAGGUUUCUUAACUGAAAGAAAAAGUUUUAGAAUUGGGAUGCUACAAAACAAAUAAGACACAUAAAGGACUUUGCACACGUGUAAAUUUUUGGCUGGUGAUUAGUUCAUUUGGUGAAGGUAACAACUACCUUAUGUUAAAGUUUCUUAUUUGUUUUGUCUCUGUAAUUUGUGAACUUUUAUUUGGUAAUCACGAGA